UUCUUAUCUUAUCGAUGAUGUCGGGGUUCUUGUCCUUUCCACCCAAUUGGGACUAAAAGUUAGUACUCUUUUAAUCAAAGAGUCGACCCGCCAGAUUUUGAUUUUUCAACUAAAAUUCCUCAGCGAAACUUCCAGAACAUAUCACAAUGAUAAUAUGACUUUGCUACUACUCCUAAUUAACUACUCUAGCACUUUUGUUAGUUUCCAUUGAUUCGAAAAGAAGCCCGAGAUGAAGAAUUUGUAUCAAGCUGCUGCUUCAGUUGAUUGGGAGAAAGAGUCUUACCCUGAGUACAAAGAUUUGAUUUUUCUCAUCUUUUUCGCUCUAUUCUUCCCCAUCGUUCGAUUCAUACUCGACAGAUUUGUUUUCGAGGCAUUGGCUACGCGCAUGAUUUUUGGAAAUCAGCAAAAGUUGGUAAAUAUCAAUGGCGGUAGAAGGAGGAGGAGGAGGAUCAACAAAUUCAAAGAGUCAGCAUGGAAAUUAGUAUAUUUUCUAUCUGCUGAGAUAUUCGCACUUGCUGUUACUUGUAAUGAGCCUUGGUUCACCAAUACUCGAUAUUUUUGGUCAGGACCUGGGGAUCUGGUUUGGCCUGAUCUAAAAAUUAAAUUAAAGCUGCAAGGUUUGUACAUGUAUGCUGGAGGAUUCUACUUAUACUCCAUAUUUGCAUUGCUCUACUGGGAAACAAGACGCAAAGAUUUUGCUGCCCAAAUGGUUCAUCACAUAACAACAGUAUCACUCAUUGUGCUGUCUUACAUAUUCGGGUUAACCCGUGUUGGAUCAGUGGUUCUAGCAAUUCAUGACGGAAGUGAUGUAUUUAUGGAGAUUGCUAAGAUGUCAAGAUACAGUGGCUUCCAAAGGAUUGCUGAUGUUUUCUUCAUUAUUUUCGCAGUGUCUUUUGCAUCACUUCGUAUAAUCUGCUUUCCUUUCUGGGUACUCCGAAGCACAUGGUUAGUUCACUACAUUUAAUCAACCAUUACCACUAUGCUGAUAGUACUCCUUUCGGUCCAUAAUAAGUGAUCAAUUUGCUUAAGAAAAUACUAAAUUCUAGACGAAAAUAGUUAACGUGACUAAACUAC